CUGGACGGUCCUCGAACUCCAGGCAGUCCUCGAAAUUUGCCAGUGGGUCUUUGAUGUCUGGUCAUCCAUCGAGGUCUCAUGGGUCAGUGCACUCUGAGGGUGGAAUUGGCCCCUUCCUCCAGAUUUCCCAUGGUGCCCCUCACCAGAGAAUUCUCAACUGGAGAAAACAGCCAAUCCAAACAGUCACAGGAGCCAAAAGGAUCCAACAAGACCCACGUCUACAGUGACUGGUUGUGAUUGUGUGGCAUGUGCAUGUUGCAGUGGGAAUUAAGUGUUUUUGUAUGUAGCUGUUACGUGUGUAUUAGCAUGUUUUUCAUUUUAAAAUGCUAUUUUAAUUCUUGUGGCAAAACAAAUUGUCCAAUAAAGAUCUACUUUAGGAUACUGUCCUCAGCUCUACUCUAUAGGCUAUAUUACAUAGAUCAUUAUCAAUUCGUCCAGAGAAUAUUGACAUGAAUCAGUUACAUGCACCAGUGUCUUGUCACUUUAGCUCGGAGGGAGCAGUUCAUCCACUGUGAUUUGAGAUAAAGGGCUAUGAGAGAGAGACCUAGUCAAACCCCCAUACGAGGGGAGGGAGAGCGGGAAACAGUUUCACCACUCCCAAUCCCUGACACUAUCUCCCCCUGGAUCGUGGGAAAAGAUACGUUUGCUUACGGAGCAAAACCCUGUGAGAUAAGCCAAACGUCCACAAUGCUGGUUUGACUGGGAGGCAUCAGUGACAUAACAAUGCAAGUGCCUGGCUGCACCUUGACUUCCACAGACCGAAGAUCCUGAGCAACUCUGGAACUUCACUCCAGCUUUGUUCACUCUACUCAUCUCUCUGGUUAAUCCUCUUCCUAAACUUAGCUUUUUUUUUAGGAACCACUGCCAAGCUAAAGAGCAUCUUCCUUAUCACCAUCAUCAUGAAGCACAGGACGGUGAUGAUGUACAUGGAGAUAGGCUGCUUUGUGUCGUGUCUGGCUGGCUGGAUUCUGGUGAGCUCCACCCUGGCUAUAGAGUACUGGACCUGGUCUGAAGUGGGCAGCGUGGUGCUCACCACCGGCAACUACUUCUCUAACCUCUGGAAGGACUGUGUCUCAGACUCAACGGGGGUGUCCGACUGCAAAGAGUACCCCUCCAUGCUGGGACUACCAGUGUUCCUCCACUCAGUAAGGGCUCUGUCCAUCUGUUCUGUGAUCCUUGGGUUCUUCGCUGGAGUCCUCACACUGAUAGGGAUGAAGUGCACCAAGAUUGGAGGGUCAGAGCUCGCCAACGCACGGGUCACCUUUGCCGGGGGAAUCACCUAUCUGGCGUCUGGAUUUGCUGGCCUGAUCGUGUACUCCUGGUGGGGUAACAAAAUAAGAUCAGAGUUUGUGGAUCCCAAUUUCAAGGCACAGAAAUUUGAAAUCGGAGCAGCGGUUUUUAUUGGCUGGGGAGGCUCGAUCUUGCUCAUCACCGGAGGUUUCAUACUCAGUUUCUUCUCUGGAAAGGAGGGUCUACGCUCAACAUCAAAGAAAAGGCCCCGCAGACCUAACUCCUAUGCCACAGCUCGGACCAGACGCACAUACAUGAUGCCAAACUCUUCCAGAGUGACUCCAAUGCCACAAUUGGUCCAAGGGAGCAGAGGUGGCAGAAAGAUCAGGACAACAAGGACCACUGGGACGUAUAGCAGGGACGAUUUUGUUUGAGCUGCAGUAGCUCCUGUACCGCAGGAAAUACACUGCUUCAUAUCAUUGGUCGUUAGUUACCAUGAAAACAUUGUGAGAACUGAAUCAAUUUGAUUUGGUAACUGUCUCGCCACCUACACCUUAUAUAUGAAUGUUUUACUAACAUAUAACGGUGUUCCUUUUGUGAACUGAAUUGACAUCAAGGAAAGGGAUGAAUGAUUCCAUUUGAUACAAAAAUAAAUAUUUAUUGCUA